AGAGGCUGCUGUGCCGUGCCUCGUGACAGAUUAGCAACACUCGCUCAUUUUCUUCACUAUUUUUGUGCGUGCUGUAAGGCUGACCCGCGCAAUGAACACUAUCGCUGCAGUAGUGUAAGUGUGUUUAGCGCUGGUUUAUUGUGGAGUUGUACAACAGUGUGCAGGUUGAUUGUGGUGUGAUGGCGUGUGUGUAGUGUGAUUGGUCUGUGUAGUGAGUCUGGUCAUGGUGCGUUUGUUAUGGGCGGCGCGGAGACACGCGUUGAGCUGCAGAUCAGCUGCUGCGCGGCUCCUGAGACUCAAUAAACCCGCAGCAGUAGCAGCACAGUCUCCACAUUCACCUGUUCUUCAGAACACAACUCUAUACAGUCAGGUCAGACGGUUCAGAUCAGCUGUAAGGAUGCCGGAGAUUAACAUGGAUAAUCUGGAUGAAAAGCAGGUGCAGUUGCUUGCAGAGAUGUGUAUUCUCAUCGAUGACAAUGACAGAAAGAUUGGAGCUGACAGCAAGAAAAACUGCCAUCUCAACUCUAAUAUUGACAAAGGUUCAUUGCAUCGAGCGUUCAGUGUUUUCUUGUUUAACAGUGAAGAAAAGCUGCUCUUACAGCAGAGAUCUAAUGCCAAAAUAACUUUUCCAGGCUGUUACACCAACACCUGCUGUAGUCACCCACUGCACAUUGCCAGUGAACUGGAGGAACAGGAUGCCAUUGGGGUCAGACGCGCCGCACAGAGACGACUGCAAGCUGAGCUGGGCAUUCCCAUGGAUCAGGUGCCUCCAGAAGAGAUGACCUAUCUGACCCGGAUCCACUACAAAGCCCAGUCCGACGGCAUUUGGGGCGAGCAUGAGAUCGAUUACAUCCUCUUCAUGCACAAGGAUGUGGUUCUGAAUCCAGACCCCAAUGAGAUCCAGAGUCACUGCUAUGUCUCCAAAGAGGAACUGAAGGAGAUCCUGGAUAAGGCCAAGAGGAACGAGCUGAAGAUCACACCCUGGUUCAGCCUCAUUGCUGAGACCUUCCUCUUCAAGUGGUGGGACAAUCUCCAUAACCUCAAACAGUUCAUCGAUCACGACAGGAUCCACCACAUGUAAACAGUGUUUUCUGAGGGCUUAGUCACUAACAGACUCUUAAACAGUUUGUAGUCUUCAAGAUCAGUGUGAAAGACAGAACUGUUUGAUCAUGAGGUGUUUUGCUGGUUUGAAGACAAGAGUUGGGCAGCCUUUCGGCUGGACAAGGAGCAGGCUUUGUCGUCAUUAUUAAAGGGAUAGUUCACUCAGAAAUUAAAUUCAAUAAUUAUUUACUCUCAUGUUGUCGGGCAGAAUGUUAGUCUCCGUUCCCAUUCACUGGAAAAAAUAAUGGUGACUGAAUGCUGCAUAGAGUUUGGAGCGUUUUCUGUCUUUUGUUAUUUUCAUACAGAUUAAUUAUGGAGAAAUUGCUAACACACACUUUGUUUUUGUCUGAAGUGCCUAGUUUCAUAUGUGAGACUAUUCUUUUGAGAAUGUUUUUUGUAGAUGGAUCUAUCAGGUUUCACCAUGAAGUUUACAAUGAUGUUAAGUGAUUUUUGAAAAUGAAAAUAAAAGUUGGUUUCAUUA